AUGAGCCGCUGCCUCCGGCUGUGGUGCUGCCUGCUGGGCCUGCUGGGCCUGGCGGCCCGGGGCCGGGCUCUGGAGCUGGACGAGCUGUUUGCGUUCGGAGAGGACGCCGGAGACCAGCAGCUGCCGCCGGGCUCCGACUCCACGGCCGAGCUGGCGCUGAGCCACCCGCUGGGGCUCUUCAGGGAGACCUUCCACACCGCUUAUAUUAACACCAACGGCUUUGUGGCUGUCGCCAAGCCUCCGCCCGAGGGCGAGUACCUGGGGAAGAUGCCCAGCGGAUUCAAAAUGAUCGCGGCCCUAAUGGGAGACCUGGACAACAGCGACGGAGAAGGGACGGUCCACUUCCGGCAGGACAGCAGCCCCGGCGUGCUGCGUCGCGCCGCCGAGCACAUCAGGAAGGCCUUUCCCAGAGACGAGGGGGUGGAGCCCCGCGGCGUCCUCGUCGUCACCUGGGAGAACAUGGCCGCUAGAGGAGCGUCUGGACCCGAGGCCAAGCGGAACACCUUUCAGCUGGUGGUGGCGUCCAUGGCGUCGUCCUGCAGCGCGAUCCUGCUGUAUCCCAGAGAUGGCCUGCAGUUCCUCUCCACACCGGCGGGACAAGACAGCAAACUUCUAGAAGCCGGUUUCAACGAAGGCCUCGUUUCCGGAUGGUUCAGGAAUAAACAGGGGACGUACUUCCGCACGACCACCGACGAGGAGACCUCGCUCAGAGAGCUGACAGAAAAGACAAACUCAGCCAAGAACGGAGUCUGGGUGUACGAGAUCGGCGCCUCGCCAUUCUUCAUCGGCAUCACUCCAGGAAUGGUCGCUGACUCUGAGGAUGAGGUGGAAACUGAACCUCCAGUUACAGUGCUGCCCAGGCAGACUGCUGGACCGCAGGAGGUGGACUCAUCAACUCCUGAACCCCUCAGGGAAACCACCAAAGCAGCCCCGGAAAACAAGAAAGUCACAACAGUGGAGAUUCCCAAGGAAUACUACACCAGUCUGUCAGAGUCUGGGACCACCUCACCGGAUUACAGCGACCUGGAGAGCAAGGAGUGGGGUUAUGAAGACCCUGACGACAUAGAGGAAGAAUACCCAAAGUCACAGACUCCAGCACCAACAUCCCAAAGCCCAGCGGUGGUUCAACAGACAUACGCAGACCGGACCGAGGACGCUGACCCAGUCCAGCAAACUCCACAGCCAAGAUACAGCAGCCGCCAGCCCAGUGAACCCAGAUACCCUCAUCCGGACCAGACCGGGUUGCGGUACGCCGACCCUAACCCUGUCCGACCAGGGCCCCCACACCUGCAUCCCCAGCGUCCACACAUCGUGGUAGUGGAGGAGGAUGAAGACCUGGACGUGAACGUCUUUGCAUACAAUCUGGAAACGUGUGCACACAACAGGCAAAAAUGUUCAGCGUUUGCUGACUGCAGGGAUUACAGCGACGGAUACUGCUGCCACUGUAGACCUGGUUACUAUGGUAACGGGAAGGAAUGUGUUGCAGAAGGCAAACCCCAGCGGAUGAAUGGCAAAGUGAACGGCAGAGUUUUUGUUGGGAACUCUCGAUCACCAGUGGAGCUCCGCAACAAUGACCUGCACUCCUACGUGGUGGCCAACGAUGGGCGAGCCUACGUGGCCAUCAGCAGCAUCCCGGACGGCGUGGGCCCCUCCCUGCAGCCUCUGUCCUCGCUGGGGGGGGUCAUGGGCUGGGCCUUCGCACUGGAGCAGCCCGGCUACCACAACGGCUUCAGUCUCAUCGGUGGGGUGUUUUCCCGGCAGGCUGAGGUCACCUUUCAGCCCGGUAAUGAGCGUCUCACCAUCAAGCAACAGUUUGAAGGCAUCGACGAGCACGACCACCUGGUGGUGAACACCGAGCUGGAGGGACGCCUGCCUCAUGUCGCUCUGGGAUCGUCUGUCCAGAUCCACCCGUACAAGGAGAUCUACCUCUACGGCCCAAACUUGAUCACUUCCUCUUCGAACCGAGAAUACACCGUCACCACUCCCGAAGGGAGCGUCCAGAACAGAAGUUUCCAGUGGCGUCAAACCAUCACGUUCCAGGGCUGCCCGCACGAGGACGCCAGCAGGGCGGCGCCGUCCACCCAGCAGCUCAGCGUGGACCAGAUCUUUGUGAUGUUUGACGAUGGAAACCACCUGAUACGAUACGCUAUGAGCAACAAGAUCGGCUCCAUUCACAGUGUCCCGGAGCAGAAUCCCUGCUUCACCGGCCACCACGGCUGUGAUAUCAGCGCCGUGUGCAGACCGGGCGACGGCCAACAGUUCUCCUGCGAGUGCACGGCCGGCUUCACCGGAGACGGGCGGCAGUGCCAGGAUGUUGAUGAGUGCCAGGACCCCGUCCAGGUGUGUGGACUCAACGCCGUCUGCACAAACCAUCCUGGAACCUUCCGCUGUGAAUGCUCCACGGGCUUUGUGUUCGCCAGCGAUGGGAAGACAUGCAUCGAGGAGCGCCGUCCCGUGGACCACUGCCAGAGACAAACCCACGACUGCGACCGCCCGGACCGGGCCGAGUGCCUGUACAGCGGCGGCUCGGCGUACGUGUGCUCCUGCAGGCCGGGCUUCGUGGGCGACGGCCGGACGUGUCAGGAUGUGGAUGAGUGUGAGCAGGGUGGAUGCCACCGGGAUGCGUUCUGCUCCAACACCCAGGGUUCGUACAGCUGCCAGUGUCGGCCUGGUUUCCAUGGAGACGGUUUCCACUGCAGGCCCAUAUCCUCAGAGCGGGAGAAGACGCUGUGUGAGCGGCGCAGAGAGAGCGCCCAGGCGGCGGCGUCCUCCGGCGACGGCCUCUUCUCGCUGUUCCGGCCGCGGCCGGCCGUGGGGCGCUACACGCCGCAGUGCGACGAGCACGGCGCCUUCGUGCCGCUGCAGUGCCACGCCGGCGCCGGGCAGUGCUGGUGUGUGGACGCCGACGGAGAGGAGAUCCCCGACACCCGCUCCGGGCCCGGCGGCGCCCCUCUCUGCAUCGACCGCUCAGUCGCCCCCGCCCCGGUAGGCCCCACCCCGCGGCCCGACGUGCGCCCCGUGGCCCCCGGAGCGAACCUGCUGUUCGCCCAGAGCGGGAAGAUCGAAGGCGUGCCGCUGAACGGACGCGGCAUGGAGACAGGAGACGCCAAGCCGGUCCUGCACGUCCCGGAUCAGGUGGUGAUCGCCGUGGCCUACGACUGUGUGGACAAGAUGGUUUACUGGACCGACAUCAGCAGGCCGUCCAUCAGCAGGGCCCGUCUGACCGGAGGGGACGUCGUCACGCUCGUCUCUGAAGAGCUGCAGAGCCCUGAAGGCAUCGCGAUCGACCACGUGGCCCGUCUGAUGUUCUGGACUGACUCCAUGAGAGACACUGUGGAGGUCUCCAAGCUGGACGGCAGCCAGCGCCGCGUCCUGUUUGACACCGACCUGGUCAACCCCAGACCCAUCGUCACCGACCCGGCCUACGGGAGGAUCUACUGGGCCGACUGGAACAGAGACGGGCCCAAAAUUGAGAUGUCCAACAUGGACGGGACAGACCGGAGCAUCCUCGUGCAGGAUGAGCUGGGACUUCCCAACGGCCUGACCUUUGACCCUAACAGCCAGGAGCUCUGCUGGGCCGACGCGGGGACCCGGAAGGUGGAGUGUAUGGAUCCUCACCGCCGGCUGAGGAGGGUGGUGGUGGAGGGAAUCCAGUAUCCCUUCGCUGUGGUCUCCUUUGGAGGAAGCCUCUACUACACUGACUGGAGGAGAGACGCCGUGGUGGCUGUGGAUCGCAGGUCGGGAAGUGAAACGGAGGAGUUUCUGCCCCACAAACGCUCUCGGCUGUACGGAAUCACCACCACCACGACACAGUGCCCACAAGCCUACAACUACUGCUCCGAUAACGGCGGCUGUUCUCACCUGUGCCUGCCGCGGCCGGGGGGCUUCAGCUGCCGCUGCCCGGACGCCACCGACCCCCGCUGUGUGGAGGGACGCCCGUGACAGCCGCCGUCCACCGGGACACCGUCCUUACUUGAAGACUGGGGGAGACGUGUCCGUCUGCGGUCACACCUCAGGCCACAGCUCCCCCUCCACCUCCUCCACCUCCUCCUCCUCCUCCUCAGGCAGGAUUCAUCCAGUCACCUGCUUCCUUCAUCCACUCGAGGGAAGCCUAGCUCGCAGUACCUGUAGUUGUAGCUCUCAGUAGUAAUCUGGUGUGACUGUAAUCAUGGAUGUUUGUGGGUUUUACAGUUGGAACACUGGCCAAACUUCAGAGAUAUUUUUUUUUAACUUUUAU